ACGCUUUACGGACAGAUUGGGGCUGUUUCUUUACACUGCAUACGCACGUAGUCUACUUGCUGAAAACUUUUGGAGGUUUGGUACCUGAUCAAACGCCAUUGGAACACCUCGAUACGAAGAGGACAUCGUUCAGACUAAAUAGGAUUUCAUUUGACCAACCCUGACCAUGCUUCCCCUCAGCCCAGAUAUAACGCAGACCCAGUCAAUUUGAAAAUAUUAAAGAACCUUCAGAUGUGAACGCAUCAGGGGGCUUUUCACAACAACGGACUAUAAGAAUCGUUUAACCUGUUUUGCACUGAAGUUGAAAUACAAUGCAGCAUCACUUGGACAUGGGAGCACAUUACUAUCCCCCGGAGGCACAUCCUGACCAUAGAUCACAUCGCUACAGAAGUUUCAUGAUAGAGGAGAUUCUGACUGAACAUCCGGAUCACAAGGUGUCUGCCCCGGCCGGUGAGCUACUCAAAUUUGGAGUACAUGCUCUGUUAUCGGCUCGCCCGUUCCACAGCCAUUUGGUUUUGAAGGCCGACCAGACGGGCAUCCUGAAGUUCCCUAUGUCCCCACUUUCAUGCUCACUGGGGGCGCCUUUAGGAUCUUCCCUAUUAUCCGGUGCUCCAGGUCUACAAGUCGGCUCGGCGUCUCAUCACCUGCCGCUAGAUCUCCACCUCCGCAAUAAAUUGGAGCAUUGCGCAGACAGUGGCAGCAAGACUAAAAAGGGCAGGAGGAGUCGAACAGUCUUUACUGAGUUGCAGUUAAUGGGCUUGGAAAAGAGAUUUGAAAAGCAGAAGUAUCUCUCUACACCAGACAGAAUAGACCUUGCUGAGUCGUUGGGCCUAAGUCAACUACAAGUAAAAACGUGGUACCAGAACAGAAGAAUGAAGUGGAAAAAAAUAGUGUUACAAGGAGGAGGAUUGGAAUCACCAACCAAACCUAAAGGCCGUCCUAAAAAGAACUCCAUUCCUUCAAGUGAUCAGCUCUCUGAACAAGAAAGGUCUCGCGACCUUGACCGACAAUCCGACGGUUCUACUUCUUCACAUUCAGACAAUAAUCAAGAGGAGUAAUGUGGCUCUUUGAGAUGUUGUCUGUCCGACUAUUUUAGGCAUAAACUCUCGGAUGCAUAAUUGUCGUCCAUGGACUGAAGUCCCUCAGUGUUGAGUCGACAUUUUGACAUUGUGAACCUCUAUUGGCAUUGGUCUUCCGAAUAGCCUAUCAUGUUCAUCAAAUGCGUCCCGACUCCAACGCUGUCGAGUUGUAGGCUACAGGAAGGAACAGAAACAAUGAUCAGUAGGUCAACUCAUAUUUCAUUGAAUUUGAUGGACUCUGUUUUAUGUAUGUUUGCUUUGUUGGGCUCUAUGUUAUCAAAGACAUCGAGGAGUUAUUAAAUAUUUUUUCACUAACAGUUUAUUGUAGCCUUAA